AUGAGUGACAUUGAGAAACUGACGCAGCUGCUCCUGCAGCAGGCGGAGCUGUCGGCGCAGCGGGAGCGAGACUCAGCGCAGCGCGAGGAGCGGCUCACUCAGAUGCUGUCGUCCUCCACAUCCCUGCGCGACUUCGCUGUAUGGAGGGAGAAGCUGGACGGGUACAUGCUUCUGACCGGCGCGUCCGCGCUGCCCGUCACUGCCCAGAGAGCUGCCCUUCUCAGUCUUCUCGACGAAGAUUGGCACCGGGUGCUGCGCUAUGGACUGACGAUAGCGGACGACUCUCCCCUCUCCGCGGUGGUAGACGCAAUGGAGAGUCAUCUCCGUAAGCAGCGCAGUGUCCUGGUCGACCGCCGUGCGUUCUACGCCCGUGUCCAGGAGCAGGGCGAGAAUUUUGAGGAGUUUCUGUGCGAAGUGAAGGAGCUCGCGGCAUUUUGCGACUUUUGCACACACUGUUACGACUCACGCCUGCGUGACAAGAUUGUGUGUGGCCUGCGGGACGAGGAGACGGUGAAGCGUCUGUUGGAGGAUCCGGGGCUGGACCUCAAGAAGACGGUGGACAUCUGCCGUGCGUCAGAGAACGCCCGGGCUACCUGCUCCGACCUCCGCUCACCGACGGCGUCACGCGGCCACUUUGCAGUGGUGUGCGCCCAGGUGGCGCGCGAGAGCGCCGCUGCCCCCGCCGAGCGCGCAGCACCGGAGCGCGCGCGGCCCGCGGUGAGGCAGCCGUCAGAGCCGCGCAUCUGCUGUGUCAUCAGAGACGUCUACGUGAACGGCAUCUCGACGCGGCCGACUCCCACUGUGACUGUCCGACUGUCUACGCCGGCUGGUGUGUUCACCGUGCCGGCCCGGGCCGACUCCGGCGCCGAGGCGACAGUCAUCGGAGAAGACAGCCUGUCUUCCAUCUGCGUGGAACCAGCGCAGUUGGAGCCCUGCAUCGGCCAGCCAUUUUCAGCAGUAGGGAAACAGCCGCUCACCUGUGUCGGGUCGUUCCGGGCUACUCUGGAGCUGGGCGACCGAUCGACCACCGCUGCCGUGUUCGUCAUCAGGGAGCUGACUGGCCUGCUACUCAGCUGGUUCGACUGUGUGGCGCUGGGGAUUCUGCCGAGGGAUUUUCCGGCACAGAUCCGCGGUCCGCUGCCGGCCUGGGACAGCGACUCAGACCCACCGGAGGCGGUCCGUGCAGCUCAUGCAGCCGCUCUGGUGGAGUGUUUCCCGCGUGUGUUCGGGCAAGAUUCGACUCUUCGAGUCAUGGACGGCGGUCCGAUGACGAUCGAACUCCGGCCCGACGCGUGUCCGACGUCGGUCACCGCUGCGAGACCGAUCCCCUUCGCCUGGCGUGCCGAGGUAAAGGCGCAGCUGGACGACCUGCUGGACCGCGGCGUCAUCGUCCCUGUGGACUACCCGACGGAAUGGUGCCAUCCCAUUUCGUGCGUGCCGAAGAACCCGUCCGGGUUUCGACUCUGCGUGGACCUGACGGGACUCAACCGGUACGUGAAUCGACCCACGUACCCCUGCCGGUCUCCUCACGAUGCCGUGACGAGUCUGCCCGCCGGGCACCGGUGGAUGUCGACUCUGGACGCCAAGAUGGGCUACUUCCAGGUGCCGCUCGCUGAGUCAAGUCAGGACCUCACCUGCUUCAUCACGCCGUGGGGCAGGUUCAAGUUCGUCCGCUGUCCGAUGGGAUGCAGUGCGUCUGGAGACGAGUACAACCGGCGCGGCGAUGCCGCGCUCGGCGACAUCCCAAACUGUGUCAAGAUUGUCGACGACAUCCUGGCCGUGGCACAGACGUACCGGCAGCACCUGCAGCAGGUGAUCGAAAUCCUCCGGCGCUGUGACGACCGAGGAAUCACGCUGAACCCGCUGAAGUUCAAGUUCGCCCAGAAUGAGGUCAAAUUCUGCGGCUACAAGAUCACCCCGGCCGGCUACACCACCGACAAUGAAAAGGCGCGCGCCAUCGCUGAUUUCCCGAGACCGGAGAACGUCACCGACCUGCGGUCCUUCAUGGGUCUGGUGAAUCAGCUGAGCGGCCUCACACCGGAGCUGGCUGGCUCGACUCAGGCCUUCAGAGACCUCCUCAAGUCGCGCCGGGUCUGGCGCUGGACUGAGCAGCACGAGGCAGCGUUUCUGCACACCAAGAUUGUGCUGUCGUCACCGCCGGUGAUGGCAUUCUUCGACCCCCAGCUGCCGACCGUGCUACAGACGGACGCUGCUAAAACCCGAGGACUGGGUUUUGCACUGCUCCAGAGGCACGGAGAGGACUGGCGUGUGGUCCAGUAUGGUUCACGGUUCCUGACCGAUACCGAGAGCCGAUAUGCUGUAAUCGAGCUGGAGCUGGCUGCUGUACUCUGGGCCUGCAAGAAGUGCCAUGUCUACCUGGCUGGCAUGCCCCACUUCGACCUGGUGGUCGACCACCGACCGCUGGUGACCAUCCUAAACUACAAGCAGCUCAACUCGAUCGACAACCCGCGUCUGCAGCGGAUGAGAGAGAAGUUGUUGGCCUACAGCUUCACCACCAGCUGGCAGAAGGGAUCGACGACCCCGCUGCACGCCAGCGUCAUUGCCGCGCUGCAGGCCUCCGCUCGAUCGGAGGAGGGCGCCCAGCUGGCUCCGCUGGUCGACUCCACACUGGAGAGAGUCCGCGCCGCCGCGGAGCGCGACACCGAGUACCAGACUCUCAGCGAGCUGAUCCUGGCCGGAUUCCCAGAGAACCGGCACGAGACGCCCCCUGCAGUACGAGCGUACUGGGGCGUGCGCCAUCAGCUGGCCAUCGACGACGGACUGGUGGUCUACGGCGCUCGACUGGUCAUCCCGUCCGCCCUCCGACGCGAUUGCUGA